CCUUAUACCCAUUAAUCCCAGUAGGUAUUCCAAGAAAAACACUACUUAACUCUUGGUGCAAGCUUUGUUCUGCCAUGAACCGAAGUAUUUACAUAACACAUACAGCCAAAGACCUUUAAGUGUCCAGGAAUGGUGUUUGUUUUUGAAAAAACUUCAUAAGGUGUUUUGUUGCUAAGAAGUGGGGUAGGGAUUCUAUUAUUGAGAUAAACUGCAUAAAGGAAAAAGUCACUCUAGGAUUUCAGUGGCAGUUUGACUGAAAUUUCGCCCUUCCAUUAUGUUCUGGAGUCUCUACACAUGAGACUUGGUGUUUUAUGCCUUCUUCUGAAAAUUACUCACACAUUUCAAACUCUGUGUCCUGGUCAGUUCUAAUGAUCUUGACACUGGUAUUAAAUUGAUUCUUCACAAGGUUAUAGAAACCUUGAAUGAGUCCCCUUGCUUCACUUUUGUGUCUCAUUGCAUAGACCCAAACACUUUGAGAAAAAUCAUGCACAAUGGUAUGAAAAUAGUUAUAACCAUCUUAAGAAGUGUGGAAAAGAGUCUCCAAAUAUUCAUAUGCAUUAAGUGAACAAUCUCACGUGCAACACUAGUACUAACAGGAAAGGGUAAUUUUCUUUGUUUAGAGAAAUGGCAAACCUCACAAUGAAUUGUCUUAAAAAUGGUUAGAGCAGGGUUAACAUUUCUAAGCAAUGAAAGUCUAUCAUGACUAGGGUGUCCUAGCCUCCAAUGCCAUAUGUUCAAGUCUUGUGGGUGGAAUUCGAGGAAGUGGUUGUUUUGGUGUUGAUGAGCUAGUUGGGGAGUCUUCUGGUCUUGAGGUUAAAGACAAUUGGUAAAUGCCUUUGGUUGUUUUUUUCUAAACCAAUCAUCUUCCGGAUUAAUAGGUCAUGGGUUUCACAUUGAUAAGAAUGAAAGUGUAAGGAAAAGCACAGUCAUGCAAGCUUGCCAACAGAGAUGAGAUUGAAGGAAAUUUUGGGUACUAAAAAAGCACAUCAUGCAAGGUCAGACCACAUGCCAAUGUAGCAGUCUACAAAUGUAACUAACACUUUGUUGCUAUUUGGAAGGUAAACAAACGUGUUUCAGACUGGCUUAUAACUGUUAAACAGGUUAGGACUACGGGCAAUGUGAUCUGGAGCCCUGUAUCUAGGAUCCACAAACUUAAAUCAUGGGUUAUACUAUUUUGAGAAGAAGACAACACAUGAUUUUGGAAAUUAAGAGGGGAAAUUAAGAAGCUGAGUAUGCCUAAUGAUUGAUGGAUGGUGACUUAGGUGGUGAAGGGCUUGUGCUAACACCAGCUAGCAAAAGAAACCUGAGAUGACUCAUUUCUUCUACAGUAAAUACAAGUGGAACUUGGUUCUUACCUUCAUCAGUCGCACUACCUUCUGAGGGACACUCAUUUCACUUACCGGAGAAAUGGAACCAACAAACUUAGGGGUACUGGAAUUGGAACUUGAAAUAGAGUUGGACCCUCCAUUUGUAUUUUCGUCCUUAUGCUGCUUUUGUUUCCUUUUGAACUUCCAACAUUCAUCAAUGGUGUGAUUAUUCAUCUUACAAAACCUACAAUACUUAUUUCCUCUUUGUUCUAUGGAAUCACUUAGAGUAUUUCCUCUUACUGCUAAAGCUAGUGGUUGCCCUUUCUUUCCCCCUAUUGCUGCAUGAGCCUUGAGUUUUUGUUCAUGUUGUAGUAAGUCAUCCAGAGCUGCAGAUACAGUGGGCAAAGGCUUCUGCAUAAAGAGUUGUGUCUUAAUCACGUCAUAGUCAAGGUUGACACCCCUAAGAAAAUGGAUUAAAUAUUUUGUUUCUUGCUUAUGCACAAAUGCUUCAACUGUUGCACAUGGCAAGUGAUUUCUAGGUGCAUAGGGACAAGGUAUAAUAGGACAAAACUCAACAUAUUCAUCCCAAAGCACCUUAAUUACAAUGUAAUAUUGAUUGAUGGUAUAGGAACCCUGCUUACAAGCAUGGAUUUCAUCUUCUAUUUGCAAUUCUCAUAGCAUUAGGAUGACCAAAAGCUCUUUUAAGCUCAUCCCAUAGUAUGUUUGAGUUGCUACAAUUCAAAACAGAUCUCCUAAGCAUGGAUUUCAUCUUCUGUUUGCAAUUUUCAUAGCAUUAGGAUGACCAAAAGCUCAUUUAAGCUCAUCCCAUAGUGUCUUUGAGUUGCUACAAUUCAAAACAGAUCUCCUAAGUUCCUUGGCCAUGGAGUUUUAAAUCCAACAUAGAACAACUGUGUUACAUGCAUCCUAUACCCCAAACAAAUUUGCAACUCUAGCUAUAACAAGAGUCGACCCAUAUAUGAAACCAACUUUAUUCUUGAUUUUAGAACUACUUGCAUAGAUCUACUCCACAUGGUGUAGUUUGUUCCAUCAAAUUGCUAUGCUAUGAGUGAUUGAGACAUGUUUUCAUUUGGGUUAAGAUAGUAAGGGUUACCAAAGGUUAUGGUCUCUGUUUGUGGUUGUGGUUUCUCAAAUGAACCAAAUAUGAAGGUUGUCGUUGCUCCACUGCCACUACUACCAUUGUUUGGUGAUGUUUGAUUAGGUGGAGUCUAUCCUCCUGAAAUUAUGUCAUUUGCAUCUGAUGAACCCUAGAGCUCGAGCUGCUAUGAUACCAUGAAAAUUAUAGGAGAAUUUGGGAAGAGGAAGCUUUGUUGAGAUCUGAGUCCUCAUUCAGCUUUUAUAGUUUUGUACUUGUACUUAAGCAAAACGAGGCAGAUGUCCUUGAAUGUUUGGUUCAAUAAUCAAAUAAAUAGUAAACAUUAACGGCUAAUAAAACUAACUGAUACAUUGUCGUUAUGGUAAAACAUUGUCGUUCCCUUUCUUAUUCUUUUUUCUUUGAAUCCUUCUCCAACUGGGAUUGCAGCUUCUUCACUUACAUUAUGCAACUAGGAUGGCAGAUUCUUCUUCACUUCCAUUAUGUCCCCUUCAAUGACAUAAGGAAUGCAUAAAUCUUAGAUUCCUUGAUUCUUUUUAGUGUAGCUCGAGCCUCAGCUUCCUCUAAACUAGAUGGAAGAUUCCUAAUUUUCUUCUAAAAAAAUCCAAUCUCUAAUAAACCCACCAACCCUGAUGAUGAAACCGUAUUUACACAUGUUUUUCCCGACAUUUCUUGAUUGUUUAAGCUUGCAUUAUCACUCCCCUAGCCUAUUUUACGAUAGGUUGUGCUAGUUUGUGAUGUUACUUGUCCUGGUACGUCAAUGGGCGCGUGGGAGCAAGGCUUGGGACGAUUUGGAGCGAUCCGGCAGAGGGGCAAUAAAGAGUUACGGUCUGGACCGUAACUUCCCUUGUAAGCCCGUAACAUGAGGGCUCAGAGCCAAGGAGUCCAUGAGACUAUCCCAAAGUUAGGACCAGGCUUCCAAAGUUACGGCCAGGAUCAUAACUCUCCAGAUUGGGCCGUAACUUCAAGGUAAAGAAGCAUAUGUCUACUUUAAAGUUCAGGCCGAGAGUCCAGGUUACAGCCUUGACCAUAAAUUCCCGUAGAGUACCGUAACUCUUGGUUUACGAUGUGCAGAAACGUUGCCAUUUUUGUGGAAGUUACGGGAUGGGAAAGCAAGUUACGGCCGUAAUUUUGGCCAUAACUCAAGCAUCUCCCACAUAUAAAAGGCUGACUCAGGCAGAUUUGAAGGGAUCUAAUUUUUCAAGGUCUAAAACAACAAGAGAGAAAGUGACAAAGAACAACUUUGGGAAAGGAUUGGAGGGAUCUAAGGACAUUGGAGCUCGAUUUUUCACCCUCGGAGUGUUGAUUUCCAGCCGAGAGCAGAUUCUCAUCCCUCACAUGAUGAUUUCUCUUCCAAGCUUUGCAAUUUCUCUUCUCUUUUCGUAAACUCUCUUUUCAUCCGGAUAUGAAGAACCCUAGUCGUGUAUGUUAGGUUGUAUCAACCCAGUUGAUGAAUAAUUGACUUGAUAUAUUCAAUUGAGGCAUUAUGCAGAAUUCUAUGAGUCCUAAUCAAACUUUUGUGAUUCCUGCUUUAACUUAGAAAGAUAGUCUCUGCACAAGUUAAUAGAGCAACCUUAGUUGGAAGUAGUGGAUCGAUUACUUUACUCUAGGAAUCGAUUUUGUGCUCUAUACUGGAAUUGAAACCAGUAGUGAAAGUUUGUUGUCCUAUUGCCUCUCUUAGCUUACGUGGUGGAGGUUAGGCACCCGCUGGUUAUUCGAACUGAGAGGGUCUAGAAUUCUUUAGUCGAUAUUCCAGAUUUGUCAAGAACUUUCCAUAGUAUAUCUGUCGUUUGAAACAAAUUGGGUAAUUAUAAUCUGAAUUAACUGUAGACUAGGAGGACUUAUAUCUGGAUGACCUUUUGCAUACUUGAAACCAGAACAUUUCAUGUUUCCAUUUAAUUUACUUUUGAACACUUCACUCGAACUAAACCACUAAAUAAUAGAUACGCACGAGUUAGAAAUUAAAUCUAGGACCUGGGUUGACAAUUAAAACUGACCCACUAUACUGCAUUUCUAUACUACGAUUACACUUGGUCGUAGUUUGGUGUUGUGUUUUAGCGAGUCAAGUUUUUGGCGCCAUUGCCAGAGCGACUAGGUUAUUGCAAAAACGUGAAAAUAUGUUACUUUAGCAUUUACUUUUCUGCAUUUUCUCUUCUCCACCUGCUUGCCUUCAUGGGUUGUGCUUGCAGUUUGUAUACAGGCAAUGCAUGACCCGUAGCCAUUCGAUAAAUCUAUAGCCUUUGGAUCACGAACUUGAACGGACUUGUUGCUAGCUCAAGAAAGCACUUAAGGCGAGACUAGCUGCGGAGAAGGACUUGGACAAGGUCUUUGUUGCUGACAGAUCGGACAACAGAUCUGCAGAAGGAGAUCACCCACUUCACGCAGGAGGAUGAUGAGACUCUCCGAGAUACCUGGGAGAGAUACUCAGGUAUCUUCUUGAAGAGCCCCAACCACAUGUUCACUGAUGCCUUCAAGGUGCUCACCUUCUACCGGGCUCUCUUUUCUGAAGACAAGCAGCUGAUUGACUCGAUCUUUGGCGGGAACAUGCUAACCAAGACGCCCCCGUAGUUGAACCAGCUCUUUGAAGAUAUGGAAGAAUAGGGUAAUGAUUGGUGGUCUACAAAGAGAUCUCGGCAAGCUCCGGGCCAAGGUGUGUAUGUUGUGGAUACCUAGUCAUCUUCUCUGGUGGAUGUGGUCUCUAAGCUGGUUACAACUAUCGACCAUAAUGGGAUGUUUACAAGCGCAGUCCAGCCUCACCCGAUGUAUUUCUAGUGGUGCGAGAGCAUUAACCACAUGGUUGAAGAGUCUUAGGCGAUGAGGGAAUCUACCACACCUCAGGAGCAGUUGGACUUCAUCGGCAAUGUCAGGCACAUCUACCCCUACAACAACACUUACAACGAAGGGUGGUGCCAGCAUCCUAAUUUCUCCUUGGUGGCAACACCAAUCCUAAUUCUCUCCAGGCACCACCAGGCUUUUAGAGACAACCAUUACAGGCCCGCCAGGGCCAAUUACAACAAAAGCAUCCUCUUUAAGGGCAAGCUCUUCCUCACCAACAACAGCGACAAUUUCAGAAGCCGGACACAGCCCCAGUAAACGUGAUUCGAUGGGUGAGAUGCAAGACUUAGUGGGUUCUCUUGCUAGUUCUAGCUCACAAAAAUUCAAAAAUAUUGAGCAGUUCAUGGAACCGGCCUUAGGAAAGUUCCUGAAGCUUGAAGCUGGUUAGAGGAACACACAGGCUAUUUUGCGAGUUAUACAAACCCAACUUGAGAGUGUGGCUAAAGCUGUGGCAUAGAGGGCCCCGGAUACCUUACCUAGUCAUACCAUAAAUAAUCCGAGAGACCCGGAUGCACACUACAAUGCUGUUACACUAGGAGCGGGAAGGUGACUGCGGAGAUCCCCGUCUAGGAAAAACAUGGGGAAGAGAGACUUGCUUCAACCCUUCCAGUUGAUGAGGAAGAAAUGGAGAAGGAGAGAGAGGUGUCUACUCCUAAGCCCCAACUAGUGGUGAAGUAUUAAGUCCCUCAACUCCCUUUCCCUACUCGGUUGCACAAAGACCGAUUGUAAACUAAGUUUGCCAAAUUCGUGGCAAUGCUGAAGCAGGUAGACAUCAACAUGCCUUUCAUAGAGGCAUUGCCGAAAAUGCCCAAGUACGCCAAGUUUGUGAAAGACCUCCUCACUAACAAGAGGAAGCUAGGGGAGCUAUCAAUGGUGAUGUUACCGAGGAAUGUUCUACCAUCCUGCAAAACAAGCUACCGAAGAAGCACAAAGACCAAGGGAGUUUUACUAUCCCUUUCAUUAUAGGUAGCUUGCAUGUAAGAAAGUCAUUGGCUGAUU